AUGACACAAGGUAGCUCCGCCACUGUUUACAAGAACAAAGUUGGUGGAUACAAUGUAGUAAUUAGGCGAGGAAGGCCUUCCACCGACGCCCCUAUAUUUCGAGAAGCAGCGUCAUAUGUGAAUUCUAUAGAAUGUGGGUCAAAUGACAUAGAUAAAAUUCACAUUUCCAUGACCCUUGAUGCGAAUUAUUUGCGAGGAACAAUGGCAGCAGUUAUGUCGAUUCUACAACAUUCAACUUGCCCUGAGAACUUUGUUUUCCAUUUUCUCUCUGCAAGGCACGAGCCAGAGAUUUUUACAAGCAUAGCCUCUACAUUUCCAUACCUGAGUUUUAAAAUAUAUAGAUUCGACUCUAGCCGAGUAAGAGGAAAAAUAUCAAAAUCUAUUAGACAAGCAUUAGAUCAACCACUAAAUUAUGCAAGGAUUUAUUUGGCUGACAUUCUACCACGUGAUGUGAAUCGCGUAAUUUAUUUAGAUUCUGAUAUCAUUGUGGUAGAUGAUAUAUCAAAAUUGUGGGGAGUUGAUUUAGGUGAGAAAGUAGUCGCUGCACCGGAAUACUGUCAUGCAAAUUUCACAACCUAUUUCACAGAUGCAUUUUGGACAGAUGCUAUUUUGUCAAACACAUUUCAUGGGAGAAAGCCGUGUUAUUUUAAUACUGGGGUCAUGGUAUUAGAUGUCAAAACAUGGAAAAAACAAGGCUAUACUCAAAAGGUAGAACAAUGGAUGGUGGUACAAAAACUAAAGAGGAUAUAUCAUUUAGGAUCAUUGCCACCUUUCUUGCUUAUAUUUGCUGGAAAUAUCAAAGCUGUUGAUCAUAGAUGGAACCAACAUGGUCUUGGUGGUGACAAUUUUGAAGGGAAAUGUAGGAGUCUUCAUCCAGGACCAAUCAGCUUACUCCACUGGAGUGGUAAAGGUAAACCGUGGUUGAGGCUUGACUCCAGAAAGCCAUGCCCCAUUGAUCAUUUAUGGGCACCAUAUGACCUCUACCGCUCAUCAAGAACAUGGUUAGAAGACAAAUAAUAUCACUUUUUUUUUCUACAUAUCGAUUCGAUUGUAAUUACACCAUUUCAGUUGGGCACAAAACAUUAAGCAACAAAGUAAAUAUCAAGAA